UGUGGGGGUGGAGGGGGGACUCCACGGAUACACGAGGGUUUGGUUUGAGCCCGCUGCCAACAAGGAAGCGACCAGCUGGGAAAACACGGAGCAGGGACUGCAGCGUUUAUUUUAUCGACCCUAAAGUAACGGGAUUUUAUUUCCAUUUUCCACAUUCCGCUGUCUUGACGUCAUCAUGUCUUCCAUGGACUUUGAGAAGCUGAAGAUGACUGGAGCAGGUCGGGCCAUAGCGGUGCUUACCAGCGGUGGAGAUGCACAAGGUAUGAACGCCGCUGUCCGAGCUGUGACCAGAAUGGGCAUUUAUGUCGGCGCCAAGGUCUAUCUCAUCCAUGAGGGAUACGAAGGCUUAGUGGAUGGAGGAGACAACAUAAAGCUUGCCCACUGGCACAGUGUGACCAACAUUAUCCAGCUGGGGGGCACGGUAAUCGGCAGCGCCCGCUGCAAGUCAUUCCAGACGCGCGAGGGCCGCAUCGCAGCCGCCUUCAACCUGGUGAAGAAGGGCAUCACCAACCUGUGUGUGUGCGGUGGAGACGGCAGCCUGACGGGAGCCAAUAUCUUCCGCUCCGAGUGGAGCGGCCUGCUGGAUGAGCUCGUGCAGAAAGGGAGGAUCACAGACACGCUGGCGAAGCAGCACAACAACCUGAACAUUGUGGGACUCGUGGGAUCAAUAGACAACGACUUCUGCGGCACUGACAUGACCAUCGGGGCUGAUUCUGCACUGCAUCGUAUCAUGGAGAUAGUCGACGCCAUCAUGACCACAGCGAACAGCCACCAGCGCACCUUUGUUCUGGAAGUCAUGGGUCGCCACUGUGGGUAUCUGGCCCUGGUGUCGGCUUUAGCAUCUGGAGCAGACUGGCUCUUCAUUCCAGAGGCUCCUCCGCUGGAGGGCUGGGAGGACCGCAUGUGUGCUCGUCUGGAAAGGAGCCGAAACAAGGGGUCAAGACUCAACAUCAUAAUUAUUGCAGAGGGAGCCAUUGACUCAAAUGGAAAACCGAUCUCUUCAGCUUAUCUUAAAGAUCUGGUGGUGAAGAGGUUGGGCUAUGACACCAGAGUGACUGUGCUGGGUCACGUUCAGCGAGGAGGAACUCCGUCUGCAUUUGACAGAAUCCUGAGCACCAAGCUGGGUGUGGAGGCAGUUAUUGCCCUGAUGGAGGCCACCUCAGACACCCCACCCUGUGUCAUCGGCCUCUCUGGCAACCAUGCCAUCCGUCUGCCUCUCAUGGAGUGUGUGGACAUGACCAAGUUGGUGCAGAAGGCCAUGAAUGAGAAGAGGUUUGAUGAAGCUGUUAAACUUCGCGGAGGGAGUUUUGAGAACAACUGGAACAUCUAUAAGCUGCUGGCCUUCCCAAAGCCUGUCACUGCUGAGAGUAACUACGCUGUGGCCAUCCUGAACGUCGGAGCUCCAGCUGGAGGCAUGAACGCAGCAGUCAGGUCAGCUGUGAGAGUUGCUCUUGCUCAUGGACACAAGGUCUAUGGUGUCCAUGAUGGCUUUGAAGGACUCGCCAAUGGAUCAAUAUUUGAAAUGAAAUGGCACAAUGUGGCUGGAUGGACGGGCCAAGGAGGUUCACUCCUGGGGACAAAGCGAACUCUUCCUGCUACAUGUAUGGAAAAAAUUAUAGAGAAUAUCAACAAGUACAGCAUCACAGCCCUGCUUGUAAUCGGAGGGUUUGAGGGAUAUGAAGGUGUGCUGCAGCUGUAUGAAGCCCGGAGCCACUACGAUGAGCUCUGCAUCCCCAUGUGUGUCGUACCGGCCACCAUCAGCAACAACGUCCCUGGAACGGACUUCAGUCUGGGAGCGGACACUGCUGUUAACGCUGCCAUGGAGGGAUGUGACAAGAUCAAGCAGUCUGCCUCUGGGACCAAAAGGCGAGUGUUUGUGGUGGAGACGAUGGGCGGAUACUGUGGUUACCUGGCAACCUCAACUGCUAUCGCCGUGGGUGCAGAUGCUGCCUACAUAUUUGAAGAGCCGUUCAACAUCCAUGACCUCAAGACCAAUGUGGAGCAUUUGGCUGAAAAGAUGAAGAAGGACAUCCAGAGAGGUCUGGUACUACGGAACGAGUAUUGCCACAAGAACUACACUACGGAUUUUAUUUAUAGGCUGUAUUCAGAGGAAGGGAAGGGCGUCUUCGACUGCAGGGUUAAUGUCUUGGGACACCUCCAGCAGGGAGGAGCUCCUUCUCCCUUUGAUCGGAAUUUUGGCACCAAGUUGGGUGUGAGGGCAAUCCAGUGGAUAUCAGAGAGGUUGACUGAAAACUACAGACAAGGCCGCGUGUUCGCCAACUCCCCGGACACAGCGUGUGUGCUCGGCUUGAACAGGAAGAUCGUCUCAUUCAUUCCUGUGACUGACUUAAAGGCCAUCACCGAUUUUGAGCACCGGAUGCCCAAGAUUCAGUGGUGGUUCAAUCUGAGGCCGAUGCUGAAGAUGUUGGCGAGGUAUCAAACUAAUUUCGAGGAAUAUGUCCCUGGAGAGAUGUACCAUGUGACUCGACGCUCCAUCAGCAUCGAUGCUGGAUACUAGGCUUCCUGACAAAUGCUUCUGUAUGCAGUUUUUAACCUUUACAUUUCCCUCCUUCGUCCCAUUUUCACUCAUAACUGUGGUGCCUAAAAGCGUGGUGUAUAAAAUUCCUCUGAACAAAAUGGCCUUUUCUGCACCAACAUGGGGUUUUUAUCUUUUUUAUUCUGCUCCAUCCGAAUCCCACCUGCCUUAACUUUACCAGAGAAACAAGGACUCUUUUCUCCUAUCAUACUGGUAGAUUUUUGUGCUAAGCUGCUGGCAUACUGUUUAUUAUCCUGCCAUACAUGUUGGCUUAUCUUAAAAUACUUAAUAUAAAUCCAAGAGUUAAAACAUUAAGCCAAUUCUGUGAAAUUCAAACAACACUGUGAUGUGAAUCAUGUCAAUGUGUCCCUGUACCAUAUUUUAAAAACUGGGCAUAAGGUUGUAAAAUCAACACUUUUCCUGUGUCAAACGGAACACAUUAAUAAUUUCUACCAUGUAAUGAUCAGCUCACCAUCUCAGGCCUUAAGUUUGAUUCCUGAGUAGAUCAGAUAUUUAAAUGAGUUCAAAUAAAUUGGGUGAUUAAAUCUGUAAAUAAGGCCAUGUGUUCUGCCAAGCCCUCAGCAUGCCUGGGUAAGUUGGUCGUUACAGACAGUGCCUUCGUAAAGCAUAGCAUGAGAUUAGGUACCAUUAUCACAGUAUAGCUGCAGAAUUUCUGUGGCUUCCAUGUAUGUAAAGUUGCAGUGCAGCAAAAAUCUCAUGUCUAAAAAAAAUACUUAAGAUACAUUAGUGCAGUUUUUAAAUACUAAAUUGAUACAGCGUAUCUUGAUAAAACCACUCAAAUACAAGGCAGGUAAACAGUGGGUUGAAUUAGAUUAUCUAAGGCUUAGCACAGCGGCUCUGAGAAUCCAGUUCCUGUUUCUCUAAAGUCAACGCUUUACCCGCUGAAGCUCAGUCACCUUCCUCUUGAGUGAACAUGGGACUUUCUAAUGUUUGAUACCACUAAUCAGUGUCAUGCUAACUGCUAAACAUCAAGUAACAAAACUGAUUACCAGUAUUCAUUUAUUGACUGACACGUUUAAUACAGAGAAAUUUUGUAUUUCCUCCAAGGUGCUCGGAACAAUUUUUUUCCUACACAAAUUGCUGCUAUAAUCCAGACAGCCAGAGGUGCCACAGACCAAAGUUUUACAGGAUAUUUAUCAAAAAUUGUGCAUGCAAAAAAAAAAAAAAAUGAAUGUAGAUGCUGUUAGGUGGAUUUUUUUUAUGUUUAAAACCACAGAAUGAAACUGCAUAAAUUCUGAGCCAUAAAGCAUGUAAGCAGGAGCGUUCAGUAAAGAAAUCAUCCUGGUAAUGUUUUAACAUGUCAUUCCUGGAAAAAAAAUAACAUUUUACAAGUUUUCUGUGUUUCAUCUGAAUAUAUUAUGUGACUCAUGUGACUGUGCAACUCAAGGGACCGUUUAAGAUGUUAAUUUUUCUGUUUUUUAUAGAUAUAUGUGUAUAUUGUGUGUGUGUGUGUGACUGAAACAAUAUAUAUCUAGUAUUAAUUCAAAUCAACAGCCCUUUCUUAACUGAUCAACAAACACUUUGUUACACUAUAAAUGAUGUAAAAUUCACACCUACUGUACCUUAAGAGAAAUCUUUAAAGACAAAUGAACCUUUGGUGUUUUUAAAGUUGAUAAUGAUGGUGUGUCUAUCCAGGUAUCUGUUAUUACAUACACCUUGUGUAAUUUACCCAAUUAAACCUUAAUAUUAAACAUCUGAUUCAGGAACUAACAUCACUGCCAACUAAACAACACAAGGAAAUAAACAGAAACCUAAUAAAAUAUUUGAAUGUU